AUGGACUAUACGCCUGCAUCGAGAUUUCGACAUGUUUACUGUCCGGGUCUUCAGCCCGAAGAGAUUUAUCAGGGAUUCAGAGUAGCAACAACGACGGGAGACCAGAACUAUAUUAAAGGAAAUGCCAAGUACUUUGCUUUUCCUGCAGGAGGGGGCGGUGGCCCAAUCUGUAUCCGAAGACACAACACUCCGGGACGAAUGCCGUCUCAGCUCCCCAUGUUAACGGGACACAAGUGA